AUGUUAGAUGUGGUUGAGACAAGGGUAUCAACCGAGAUGAAUGCGGAGUUGAUUAAGCCUUUUGUAGAGGCAAAGGUGCAGCUUGCUCUUAAGCAAAUGGAUGCGAACACAACUCCAGGGCCGGAUGGCCUACCACCACUAUUUUACAAGCAGUUCUGGGGAAAAAUUGGGCGAGAAGUCACAGAAGCGGUCUUAUCAGCCCUUAAUACAGUGACAGGAGGUCUAAACGCUCUAUUCAAACAAGCUGAGUGUGGUGGAGAAAUAAGGGGAGUUUCUUUGUGCCCGACGGGUCCGAGAAUUUCUCACCUGUUGUUUGCUGAUGACAGCUUGGUCUUUUGUAGAGCUACAGUCUCCGAGUGUGUGAAGAUCCAAUCUCUCCUUUAUCUUUAUGAACUUGCCUCAGGCCAGUCCAUUAAUAGAGGGAAAACUAACAUUUUCUUCAGCUCAAACACUCUUUCACGUACUCAAGAUGCUAUCAUUAAUUUUUUUGGUAUUCCGGCAACCCAAAGUUAUGAGUAUUACCUCGGUCUACCUUCCUUGGUUGGUCGAGCGAAAAAGAAGUCUUUUAGUCUUAUAAAGGAAAGAAUAUGGAAAAAAUUGAAGGGCUGGAAGGAGAAGUUGUUAUCACAAGGGGGUCGUGAAAUCCUUGUCAAGGCUGUUAUCCAAGCAAUCCCCACUUAUACCAUGUCCUGCUUCAAGCUACCAAAAGGGCUUAUUAAGGAGAUUGAGACCCUCAUUAGAAAGUUUUGGUGGAGUUAUAAAGGUGAGCAAAGGAAAAUUCAUUGGGUUGGUUGGGACAAGAUGUGCAGGCCUAAAGGUGAAGGAGGUAUGAGGUUUAGAGAACUAGAGAAGUUUAAUGAUUCGCUUUUGGCUAAGCAAAUCUGGCGCCUAGCUUAUAAUGAAGAGAGUCUUUUUCACAAAGUCUUCAAAGCAAAGUUUUUCCCAAAUUGUUCAAUCAUGGAGUUCGAGUCCUUGAACAAAGGGUCUUAUGCGUGGAGGAGUAUCAUAAAAGCUAAACAUGUUAUGGACUUAGGAAUGGGUGUUUCGGACAAGCAAGUGUGGGUGCCUUCCAAUAAUGGCGAAUUUACAACACGUUCAGCUUACCAUUUACUUGCAGGUCAGGGGAGGAAUUUGUUGCCAAGUAGUUCAUCAGGUGGUGGUAAUAAACAAGUCUGGAAGAGUAUAUGGAAUUUACAGGUUCCACACAAGAAAGAUGAUCGAAGAGUUGCAGUAGCUGCUACGAGAGUUCCUAGAUGGAUUCCUCCCAUUCCAAAUCAUUUCAAAAUCAAUUUUGAUGGGGCUGUCUUCUCGGAGUUGAAUGCAGCAAGACUAGGACUGGUCAUUUGUGAUUCCUAUGGAAGGAUGGUUGGUGCCUUGGCUAAGCGAAUUCCUAUUCCAAUCUUAGCAGCUAUUGUUGAAGCUUUAGCCUACCGUAGAGCCUUGAUCUUUGCUAAGGAGCUGAACUUAAUGGAUACUGUUUUCGAAGGAGAAGCAGAGCAAAUUAUUAUAGCUUUGUUGGCCAAAGAGGUGCAUCAGCCUGAGUAUGGACAUGUUUUACAAGACUCUCUGGUCCUAGCUUCUGGCUUUCGGGUUUGUAGUUUUAACUAUGUUAUGCGUGUAAGCAACUCUGUUGCUCAUUUCCUUUCUAGACGUUCUAAAACAGGUAACGAGUUACAGGUUUGGCUGGACUCUAUCCCUGACAAUCUAGCACCCCUUGUCUCAAGGGAUGUUUUGUAA